UUCGACAUUCUGCAUCGUUACCGUACUUGGUCUCGGCCGGUUAGCCUCCCAACCAUCAUUAAACCCUUAAACCCUAACGUGAAAAAAGAAGACUCUUCUUACCCAUUCUCCGCAUCUGUAUUUCUCUGCUGAUUCUAUCCCCAUUUUCCUCUGUCUAAACUCUGAACUCAUACCUCCCUGCUCUGCUAAGUGAUCACCAUGCACCGCUUCGCCACUACCCUCGUCUCCAAAGCCAGGUUGACUAAGAAUGGCGCACAGCAGAUUGGUAGUAGAUUGAGUUGGACGAGGAACUAUGCGGCUAAAGACGUUAAAUUCGGGGGUCAGGCCCGUGCCUUGAUGCUUAGGGGUGUUGAAGAGCUCGCUGACGCUGUUCAAGUGACAAUGGGACCGAAAGGUCGCAAUGUUGUCAUAGAGCAAAGUUAUGGUGCUCCUAAAGUUACUAAAGAUGGUGUUACUGUGGCAAAAAGUAUCGAAUUCAAGGACAGAGUAAAGAAUGUCGGUGCCAGUCUGGUAAAACAAGUGGCAAAUGCUACUAACGAUGUGGCUGGAGAUGGUACUACGUGUGCAACAGUCCUCACUCGUGCGAUAUUUAAGGAAGGAUGCAAGUCAGUGGCUGCAGGGAUGAAUGCUAUGGACUUAAGGCGUGGGAUCACGAUGGCAGUUGAUGCUGUUGUGACACACUUGAAGAGCAGGGCAAGAAUGAUCAGUACAUCCGAAGAAAUAGCACAGGUUGGAACAAUAUCAGCUAAUGGGGAAAGGGAAAUAGGUGAGCUAAUUGCAAAAGCCAUGGAGAAAGUUGGCAAAGAGGGUGUCAUCACCAUUGCAGAUGGGAAAACAUUAGAAAAUGAAUUAGAAGUGGUUGAAGGAAUGAAGCUGGACAGGGGUUAUAUAUCCCCUUUCUUCAUCACCAAUCAGAAAAACCAAAAAUGUGAAUUAGAAGAUCCCCUCAUAUUAAUCCAUGAGAAGAAAAUCUCAAAUCUAAAUGCCAUGGUGAAGAUAUUAGAGUUGGCUUUGAAGAGUCAGAGAUCUCUACUUAUUGUUGCUGAAGAUGUAGAAAGUGAAGCACUAGCUACUCUCAUCAUAAACAAGCUCCGUGCUGGAAUCAAGGUCUGUGCCAUUAAAGCUCCUGGUUUUGGAGAAAGCAGGAAGGCCAAUUUACGAGAUCUUGCCAUUCUUACUGGAGGGGAGGUAAUAACUGAGGAGCUUGGUAUGAAUCUUGAGAAAGUGGGACCAGAAGUGCUCGGCACGUGCAAAAAGAUUACAGUAUCAAAGGAUGACAGUGUAAUUCUUGAUGGCGCUGGCGACAAGAAAGCAAUUGAAGAAAGAUGUGAACAGCUGAGAUCAUCAAUUGAGUCGAGCACUUCAGAUUACGACAGUGAAAAAUUACAAGAGCGGCUUGCAAAGCUUUCUGGUGGUGUUGCUGUCUUAAAGAUUGGAGGAGCAAGUGAAGCAGAAGUUAGCGAGAAGAAGGACAGAGUUACCGAUGCUUUGAAUGCUACCAAGGCUGCUGUAGAGGAAGGAAUUGUGCCUGGUGGUGGUGUUGCCCUUUUAUAUGCUUCAAAGGAGCUUUCGAAGUUGCAGACCGCAAAUUUCGAUCAAAAGAUUGGUGUUCAAAUCAUUCAGAAUGCACUUAAGAUGCCGGUAAGUACAAUUGCUUCUAAUGCCGGAGUAGAGGGGGAAGUCAUUGUUGCUAAGCUUUUGGAGCAGGACAAUCUUGACCUCGGAUAUGAUGCAGCGAAAGGUGAAUAUGUGGACAUGAUAAAGGCGGGAAUCAUCGAUCCGUUGAAAGUCAUUCGGACGGCGUUGGUUGAUGCUGCAAGCGUGGCGUCGUUGUUGACUACCACCGAAGCUGUUGUUGUGGAACUUCCCAAGGAUGAGGAACCCUCUGCAAUGUCACCAGGCAUGGACUACUGAUGUUGAUUCUGUCAUUUUUAUACUGAGACACAAUACACUUUUUUUUUUAAAGAGUAAAAAAACAUGAGAGGGAUAAGUAGGACUCAGCAAGAGAACAAGGAUCAAAUAAAAAGUAAUAACAAAAUUUUUGAAAGUUGAGAUAGAAAACUCUUCAUUCUUGAAAUCCACUCACCUCUUUGUUACUAUUUAUACCAAAUCUUGAAUUUUUUUUAAUAUGAAGUUUUACUACAUUAUAAUAUGCAUUUUUUUC